AUGUUCUGGCGAUUUGGUUUCUCCUCCGCCUCUACGCUAGACUCUCUACUGGACAGGCCCAACGUCACUUUGGAAGAGGUGCUAGAUGAAGAGGAGCUGCUGCAAGAGUGCAAAUCCCAAAAUCAAAAGCUGGUGCAAUUCUUGUGUCAGCCCCGGAUACUGAGCAGACUUUUGGAGCAUGUCACUGGAACGGCCCAAGUUGCGGGCGGAAGCGGCAAGGAAUGGGAGGAGAAGGUCAGAUUCAAGUACCCAUACGUCGCUUCGGAGGUACUGUCGUGCGAAAUUUGGUCUAUUGUAGAGGCUGUGCUGGACUCGGACAAUUUGUUGGAACCAUUCUGGAAUGCCGUAUUGAGCAGCCGUGCGCUACCGAAUCAGCCAGCUACGCCUCAGCACAUGCACCCCCUUUUCAAAGGUGUGCCCUGGGGUCCACCGCCCAAAUCUGGCGGCAGUGAGAACCAGCAAGGCAGCAACGCAACUGACGAUGCUUCGGGAGAUGGUUCCAGCGCCACCGACAACGCUCAAGGCAGCACUGGAGUGCUUGGACUGCAAGUCUCGGACACUGCGCUUAGCCAAGGCUCCCCCACCUCGGGACCAUCUAUCACCACUGCUAGAGAGAAUGGACCAGGUAGAAGUGUCCUGGCCGGGUAUUGGGCGAAGGUCAAUGGUGUUUUCUUGGAUCGAAAGCCUAAGGAGAUGCUCGACUUUAUCCGCAGUCAGCCUCGGAUCACUGAUCGCUUCGUGGCCCAUCUUGAGACCCCUGCAGUGGUUGAUCUUCUAUAUCGCAUCAUACAAUGCGAAGAAGCUGUUCCGGGGGCAGGGGUCAUCGAUUGGUUAUCGUCGCGGGAACUCAUACCUAAACUCGUCGACCUGCUCUCACCUACUCACUCCACGGAUUUGCACAACACUGUAUCCGAGUUGUUGAAAGCCAUCAUUGCGCUUUCCGCUCCUUCGCCUGCGGGAUUGAAUCAGAGCCAGACCGACGCUCACGGAUUUGGCGCUUCAGCGGGCAUAGGAGGCGAUACCGAUUCUGCCUUUGGCCAGCAGCAACAACAGCUGGGCGGCGUCAAUAACCGCCUGGUCAGAGAGCUAGCCAGCGAGCCCAUUGUGCGAAAGAUGGUUGGCUAUAUGCUGGAUGACGGAUUACUACCUGAUCAGCUGCACAGAAGGCUGUCCAUGGCUGCGGACGAGCAAGCGCUUGCAGAUCUGUCCGCCCAGGACCUGGACGCCACAUCUUCAGGCUUCACAAGUGCGACAGGCGUAAAGAAGAGAGCUACAGAAGGUGCGCGGAGCUCGACAUUGGGUGCAUUACCAGAGGACCCGCCAAGCGGCGGGGGCACCAAUAGCUCGGACGAGUCUGCUGUAGGAGAGGAGGAAGAUGAUGAUGUCGAAGAGGUCUUGAGGCGCAGGACGCCCUUGACGCCAGCUGAAGCGCCCGCCAUCGUGCCGACUGGCGCGCUGUCACCUUCUGGUCACGACGAAAGGCACGACUCUGUGGCCACAGUGCGGCCCUCUUCGUUUUACAGCUUUCCACCAGUCUCGGCACCCACUGUUCCCCGCACGUCGGAGACAGCGAGCAGCAGCCUCGUCACCUGCAUUGGUAUUCUCAUCGAACUCAUCAGGAAAAACAACUCGGACUACUUUGAGCAGCAUCUAUUCCAUACUCUCAGGACGCACUUGCUGCAAAGGCAACAAGAGCUCGCGGAGCAGAGAGCUAGAAAGAGAUCGGAGGCGAGGAGCGCCGCAAAAGAGGCAGGUCAAAGACGAGCGCUUAACGAAUCUUCCGAGUCUGAAGUGACAGGUGCCGCUGGUCCGGGAGAUGCAGGUGAAGAGAGCAACGUUUCGGAGAGCCAGAAUGCAGAUGCCAGCGCGGAUGCCACUGCAGGACUGGAAGACGACAAUGAGGAGGAGGAGGAGGAAGAAGACAACGAAAUGGAGGGCAUGGAGGAGGCGAUGGCUGAGCUUUCGGAGAAGCUGGGCAUCGUGCACUUGGGACCUAUGCUGCGCGUCUUGUCGGAAAGAUUGCCGGAUUUCCAAGAAUUGCUCAAGCGCGGUGGAAGCAGCGUGCGCGAAUGCGCUGGUGUCGGUAGUAGCGGAACGCGCGAGGAGGAUGGCACGUUGCCCACCACACACGGCACUAUCCAAGCUCUGACAUUCGAAAGGUAUCGCAUCACCGAGCUGUACGCCGAGCUUCUCCACUGCUCCAAUAUGGCUCUGCUGAACCGCAAGCCUGGAGAAGGACCGCAGUAUUCCGAGGACGGAGUGCUGCAGGGUGGCAUUGACGGCUUGCAGGUCCUCGCGCGCACUCUGCAUGGUGGUGACGUUGCCGAAGAAGGCAAUGCUCCCGAAACCACACCUGCAGCGCCGGCGGGAGAUGUGACCAGUGGCGUCAAAGAGACUGCCCUUACCCCGGAACAUACGGUGCCUGAAGCAGGUGAAGCAACAGCUUCAGAGGCUACGCCGAGCGCUUCUGUGGUGGAUGUGGAGGAGCCAAAUUUGGAACAAGAAAAGCUACAGGCGCCAUCGGGCUCAAGCGCCAAACCAAGUGGAAGUCGUUCUCACUCCCGUGAAGCAUCGACUAGGCACACGGUGACUGGCGCAAGCGGGUCAGAAGAUACGGAUGACGAAGCGCUGCUCAAUGAGGUGUCGUCGGUGACCGGUGGAGAGGAGGAGGAGGAUCCUUUCGCGGACACGACGCAGACGGGCGACGACGACGAUGAGGACGCAAAGUCCAUUGCAUCGGCUUUGUCUGGCAUGAGCCUUGCGGAUCUCACUUCGCCGGCUCCGUCAGGGCCUCCUUCACCGAUCGACGUCUCCGACUUGGACUCCAAACCAGCCAAAGAAUACGUCGUGGGCGAUCUUCUGAAGCUCAGAUUCAUUCAGAGCGACGUCAUCCCUACCAUUUUGUCUCUCUUCUUCGACUUUCACUGGAACAAUUUCUUGCACAAUGUGGUGUACGACAUCCUGCAGCAGUUCUUCAAUGGCCGCAUGGACGUGGGACUCAACAGACGACUGGUGCUCACUGUCUUCCAGUCUGGAAAGCUGAAGGAGCGCAUCGUGACUGGGCAUCGCGCGAACGAGCAGAGCAUGUCAGGUCCACGCAAAAUCAGGCUUGGUUACAUGGGUCACAUGCUCCUGAUUGCCGAAGAGACGGUCAAAUUGCUGGAAAGGUAUCCAGGCGAGAUUGCGCGCGUCAUUAAAGCGAACAAUGUGGAAGACUCGAGCGAUUGGGAAAGCUUUGUCAACGAGACUUUGAAGGAAUGCAGAGAGAAUCAAGCCGCCCCUCUCGCGGGUGGCAGACCGCAAGCGCUGAACCGAGCGUUCCAAUUUGGAGGCGCUGGGCCAGGAGAGGGUAAUGUCGCUGUCCACGCCAACGACACGUUUGCGAGCUAUUUGUCUGCUCAGAUGGGCGCCGGGUCCGGCGCCGGUGAGGACGACGACGACGACUCGGAUGAGGAUGUCAACUGGCUGGCCCACCCCUCUCCUGAUAGGCCUGCCCAAGAUGCACCUGGCUUUGACGACGCUUUCUCGGGUCAAAAUGUUUCGCCGAUCUCAUCAGAUGACGACGAAUGGGGUCCCUUCUCCGAGAACGCAGGUGCGGUCGGCAACGCAUCUGACUUUGGCUUUGUCGGCGGCGCGGAACCCACGAGCAGCGCGUCUUCCUAUGCUCCUAGACAGCAGCCCAAUUUGACCCCGGCAGAUUGGGCAGCGGAUUUCCAACGAACAGCCGAUGACCUUGGUGAGGGUCGAGGCUCGGACGAUGAGGAAGUGGUUGGCGAUGGGUCGGACAGCGAUGCGGCGACGCCGACGUCUGAAGUGCCGCCCCACGCCCAAGGGGCUCUGGGGGGCAUAUUGGACCAACCUUCGGGUGUAGACGUGGUCAGCACAGCGCACAUGCGCAGGCCUAGUCUGGAGCAGAAAGAAGCGGCAGAUGCUCAGCUGGCCAUUGCCAACAGGAGGAGAGCGGGAAGCGCGACCUCUGCUGGCUCGGGUGCGGGCUCUGAAGGCGCACAGCACGCUGCUUCGGACCAAGCUCCGCUGGGCCCUGGUGUAGACCAGGAGGCGACGCGUGUGAAUAAGGAAGGACUAUUGGAACGGACUUUGCAAGAUGGGUCUACCGUCGCUGUACCUCUCGACGAGGUCGCUUUGGGCACCGAGCAAACCUCUGCAGACCCGACAUCAGAGUCUGCGUGA